UUUGGGGUUUGCGCAUGCGUAGCGUUGGCCAAAAGGAAUGAACGUUGUAACUGAUUUCCGAAUUCAAGUGAUGAAAGGGCAACUAUGUUAGCAAUGAGACCAAUUUAAAUUACAGUGUUUAAACACAAGGAUUUAAGCAGAGAUUCAGCAAAAACUGGAAGGAGAAUAUACCCAGACGCGUUUAGGAUAAAGAGAGUGGACAUCACUGAUCAAAGUGAAAUAUAUGUUAAAACGCCUGUUGAGGUAUAGAUUGAUCGAGCGAUGUAGAUAAAUAACUUAUCAAGCUGUACGAAAGAAUGAUAUUGUACAGUCAAGUGAACUUUACUACGAGGAUUACAGACAUAAAAGGUUGACUUUUAUUUAGUUCUCGACGUCAAGCAUUCCUGAAUUAGUGUAAUAGUGAAACGGUAACCCUGACGUGCAAGAACAUUUUUGUAGAAUUGCAAAUUUCUUAAGAGUUGUGGAGAUACGGAUAUUCUAUCGAUUCAAACAGCAAAGCCAGAUCGAUUUCGAAGCAGAGAGUUUUGAAGUCCCUGCUCGGAUAGAGAGUGCUGACAUUAGAAUGUGGCAAACAUUGGCCUUCCACACACACACCUCAAAACUGCAAAGUCGACGUCGGCAAGAUCAGGCAUCCGAAAUGUAUGAAAAGGAAAAUUGUGGAUAUAGUGUACCUAUGCCAUAAAGAUGGAGAAAAAGGCCAUGAAGGCAGUUAAACUUCCUAUAUUUCAUCGUGAGGGCGCACAUCUAAAAAGUGGCGGUCUAACCAAAAAUUGUGGAGAAAAACCACAGAAGCUUACUUUUCAGCCAUUCACAAAACAGUCGUACUUGAAAGUUAUUGCUGAUCAAACACAUCGAAACUGGAGAGUUUCCUUGAGGAAAAGGAGGUAGGACUCGUUCUGCAUUCUACUGAGGUACAUGUGCGCGCAACGUCCGUACCAAGGAUGCACAUCUGAGAGAUGGACAGCUGAAGUUUGACUUUGAUGAAGAGGAUAAAUUGCCAGAUAUUAAUCCUGAUUUAGAGCAUGACAUGCCACUAAAACCAGAAUAUGGAACUGUUCCUUCGUGUCUGUUGGGAAUACCUCUGGAGGAAAUAGACGAAGGCACCAAAGCUAGAGACGAGACCUUUGUGGUCAUCAGCAAACGAUUAAAGGAAUACUACAUCGCACGCUUCUCUGCUUCUGAGUCUAUUUUUUGCUUGUCACCAUGGAAUAUUUGCCGGCGAGUGGCAAUUUUCAUUUGCACUAAUCAAUACUUUAACUUCUUUAUACUUUUUGCAAUUCUGGCAAAUUGCUUCUGCCUGGCCAGCUCAGAACUGACAGAUAACAAUUAUCUGGAAAUGACAUUCUUUAGCAUUUUCACAGCGGAGCUGAUAAUCCGAGUAAUUGCAAGAGGCCUAGUUACGUCUUCUUACUCUUAUUUACGGUUUCCUUGGAACUGGCUUCGAUCUGAUUGUGGUUACUCUUGCGCUUCCAACUGUUUUUGGAGGAUCCAGUUCAGCUCCUUCCCAGUCUCUGCGUGUAUUCCGGGUUCUGCGAGUCCUUAAAACAGUUUCCAUCUCUCCUGGACUCAAGACCCUCGUAAAUGCUAUGCUUAAAGCAUUCCGGAUGCUGUUUGAGGUAAUCCUGGUAACCACAGCCAGUCUUUUUAUCUUCGCAGUGUAUGGAAUAGAAGCAUACAGAGGAACACUUCGUCAGAAGUGCGUGAUUGAUCCUGCCACCCUACCCAUGCCUCCAGGGAUAGAUGGGGGCAUAUUUUAUGCACAGGCCAUCAGGAACUCAGACAACUGGUUCAAGAAGGAUGACAGCAAAGACUUCUUUGUAUGUGGAAAUAACACAGGAGCAGGACGAUGUCCCCAUGGCUACAUAUGCUUGCCUGAUAUAGGUGAUAAUCCUAAUUUUGGAUAUUGUAACUUUGACAACAUUGGCUGGUCUAUGCUCCUGUCACUUCAAUUGUUUACCCUUGAUUACUGGGAAAACAUAUUUCACAAGGUUGUCCAUGCCAAUGGAAUUUGGACAGUAGUAUAUUUUAUAAUUAUUGUAUGCUUUGGUUCCUUCUACUUGAUGAAUGUAACUUUGGCCGUGGUGGCUACUUCCUAUGAGGAUGAAGCAAUACAAACAUAUGAGGAGAAAGAGAAAGAGCUUUCUGCAAAAAGACGCCAAAAGCAGAAAGAAAUUUAUGACGGUGUCAUGAAAACACUGUCAAAACCUCUUUUUUCUAGAGGGAAGGUCUCCAAAGAAUUAAAAUAUGACCAGAAGGACUCCUCAAAUAAAGUCAAGAUAGUAAAACUAAUUCAACAUAAAAAGGCAUUGGAAAAGCAGCUGUCAGAGUUUGAAAGAAGGAGGGAAGAACAUAUAAAGAAUGAUAUUUCUGGUCAUGCUUUAAGUAGCAGCCAGAAUGCCAAGAAGGAUAGGUCCCAAAACUGUCUUCAUGUAAAAAAGAACUCCAGUCUGAAGAAAGUCUUUGUAAAACCUCAGAAAAAACAGCUGUUUCUAAAUUGUCAGAGAUCAUCAUAUCCAACCAGACAAUUAAAUUUCAGAACACAUGGCUUACAUUCAUCUAGAGAAAAGAGCCAAAUGAAGCUUCAUAUUCCCUUGUCUAAUGAUUUGGAUAAGCAAGAUACAAUUUCAGAUAACUUUGACUUGAAAGAUAAAGUAAUUUCACUCCCUAGACCAGGCAUUUAUCUUCAGCUGAUGGAAGUUGAUAAUGGCUAUCUUGACAGAAGUGUCAAUAGUGAAAAAAGUUUGUGGGAAACCAGGAAUUCUGUUCUGGGAAAUCCCGAUAUCACAUUGCCUGAAACCAAAAAAUAUUCAAGAACUGGAAAAUAUUUUUCAAAUAAAGACAAAAGAUUAAAGAACAAAAUAAAGGUACUACCUCCAAUACCUGGUAACAUCAAUGAAUCACAUCUAAGAAGGAAUGCUGAACAUUUCAGCUCAGAGACUGGUAUAGACUUUAUCAAGACAAAAGUAGAGACCAAAAUUGAAAAGAAAGACAAAAUAAUCUUUGACCUGCAUCCCCUAAAGUCUGAAGUGUGCCCAGAGAGAAGAUCACCAGAUAUUGGUUCCUUUGUAAAUGCAUUCAUUGAAGACAGCUGGGAAAGUGAAAUGGCAGUAGAUUUCAGUGAUUAUGAUUUUAGUCCUAAUAAAAAACUUAUACAAAAUGAGAAGAAUCUUAAUCACAAUAUGGGAGAUUUUGUUAGUGGUAAGAAAGAAUGUCUACAAGUUUGUGGAAUCACUACUAAAUGCAAAGAGAUGAAAAAUCAGAACAGUAACAAUGGGAAGGAAGAUGAGUUUGAUACGGAAGAGAACUCUGCACAUGACAAUCUCGAUAGUUUAAGUCACAAUCCUUUGGAGGAUAAGAAUUCUGUUGAAAUGGCAGAGGGGAAACUGCAGAAUGUUGAUUCUUUCCAUGAAAAUAAAAGCAGAGCUCAAGAAAGCCAACAGCAAAGUAAAACAAGUCAAUCACAAAACACAGCUGAUAAUAACCCUUCUUUUAAUUUUGAUGGUUUCAAAUCAAAGAACUAUGACAGUGGAGUUGCAGGAUCACAAGAAAUUGUGAAAGAAUCCUCCUCAGAGAACAUGUCAGAAAGCGAGGACUUUUCUGAACAGCUCAAACAUGAAAGCUGUUCAUCCUACUAUAUUCAUCGCAUCAUGGUAUCUCACUGGCAGAGACUGCAGAAUGGAAUCCACUCUGUAGUGACAUACUUUUUUUUUGAAGCCUUUAUCACUAUAUGCACUGCUAUUUAUGCAAUAUUUUUGUCUACCGAACACCAUGGGAUGAGUAAAGUGCACGAGCAAGUAGUGGAUGUCUCCGGUUAUGUAUUCUUGAUGCUGAUUUCUUUGGAAGUUUUGUUGAAAGUCAUUGGUCUAGGAUGGAAAGAAUACUUUGAGCAAUCCUGGAAUCUCUUUGACUUCUGCAUUGUUACAAUUUGCUUAAUAAGUGAAUUACUGAUCAAGUUUUUGGCCUUGGAGAAUCUGCCUGGUGUUGGGGCCCUCCCUUCCAUUAGGCUGCUCAGAGUGCUGAGGAUAGCAAAGGUAUGGCCAGCUAUGAACUCAUUCCUUCUUAUCAUUGCUGACUCCUUCAGUGGCCUUGGCAAUCUUAUUAUCAUUUUCAUCAUUGUUCUCUACAUGUUUGCUGUUAUUGGCUUCCAGCUGUUUCAAGAAGAAUACCAGACAAGUGACACUAUAUCCAGAUGGAACUUCAUAAACUUUCCCCAUUCCUUCAUGAUGAUAUUCCGUGUGCUGUGUGGAGAAUGGACUGAACCUCUUACAGACUGCAUGAGAUUUGCAAACACCAAACUUUGCAUAGCUACCUUCUUGACUUCUUUGAUUUUUGGAAAAUUUGUUGUACUGAAUCUCUUUCUGGCCCUACUGCUGAAUUCAUUUGGAAAAGUUGACAGUCAAGAAAGAGCCAGAGGAAAGGAUAUGAGGAAAAGAAGUUUAUAUAGACAGAUUAAGCAUGGAUGUAGUGCCUUCUGCAACAGACUAUGUAACAACAAAGUUACAGUUAAGAUCAACAAGCCAUACUUGCCGAAUGGUCACGGUUUGGAACCAGAUGAACAGAUCAAUGUGCUGAUAGAAAGAGAUCGUCAGCAAAUUACUAAGAAAGAAGUGGAUCAUGUCUUCGGAACAUGUGCAGACAAGGAUAGAAAAAAAAAGGACUUGGAAUUUAUCUCAGCUGAUGAAUCAGACAGCAGUGCAUUCUUCGAGAGACAGGAAGAAAGAGAUGUGGAAAGCGGUGCACCAUCUCAACAAAAGAGCAGCAGCCCUUGCGAGAACCAUUGGAGAAGGCUUCGUAUGCUUGCUCUUACCAUUGUCGAAAGUACAAUCUAUGAGACCAUUGUUAUACUUAUCAUAUUUGCCAGCAGUGCAUCUCUGGCCUUUGAAGAUUUCUACCUGGUGGAAAGACCUUUUCUUGAAUAUGUUCUGAAUAUCAUGAACAUCAUCUUCUCUGCCAUAUUCCUGGUUGAGGUCCUGCUUUCCUUACUAGCCUUUGGUUGCUACAAAUACUUUACCACUUCAUGGACCUUACUAGACUUCUUCGUUUGUGUGGCUUCCCUGCUUAACAUCUUUCUGCAGUACUGGACCUCUGUAUCAGUUUUUAGUUCUUCUACCAUUGUCCGUUCUGUCAGAUGCCUUCUUGCAUUAAGGCCUUUACGCAUUAUUUCUCAUAUCUGGGGUAUGAAGGUUUUGGUCAACGCUAUCAUGAAUGCCAUACCAGCUAUCAUAAACGCCUUCCUUGUGAGCUUGAUAUUCUGGAUUAUGUUCGGUGUUAGUGGAGUGGAAUUAUAUGCUGGAAUGUUCUACAAGUGUCUCGAUGAUGAAGGAAACAGGCUUAAUCAUAGCAUUAUUCCCAACAGGUCAAUGUGCAUGGCCAAAAAUUACACUUGGAAAAACUCAGACAUCAAUUUUGACAAUAUUCUGAAUGGAUUUCUUGCGCUAUUUCAAGUGGCUACAUUUGAAGGAUGGAGAGAAAUAAUAGAAGAUGCUGUUGAUACCACUAAGGUGGAUGAACAACCUAUCUUUGAGAAUUCUCCGUUUUCUUAUUUCUUCUUCAUUGCCUUCAUCAUAUGUGGGUCUUUCAUUUUUCUGAACAUUAUUGUUGGUGUCAUCAUUAACAACUUUAAUGCACUAAAGAGAAAGUAUGAAGGCAGUGUUGCUACUUUUUUCCUGACCCCAAACCAGUUAAAAUUGUACAAUACUCUCAAGAAAAUGGCCAACCAGAAGCCAUCAAAGAGAUUUAAAGAACCACAGUGCUACCUUCUGCGCAUCUUCUUUGACCUGGCUCUCAGCUUGCGUUUUGAUUUACUGGUGAUGAUAGUGGUGGUAGUUGAAGUGGGCAUGAUGGCCUCUCACAAAUACAAAAGUAGUUGCAGCUGGACCCAGAUCCUGGACAUUGCUAAUAUUGCCUUUGCUACUUUCUUUGCAUUGGAAGCCAUUAUGAAAAUAUUAGGACUGCAGAUACAUUAUUUUACUGUACCCUGGAACGUGUAUGACUUCACUGUGGCUGUCUUAUCCGUAGCUGGUGUAAUAUCAAAGAUCUUGACAGAUAAUGAGAUCAUAACUUCGGUUUCCUUUAGCAUGGACAUGUCUUCUCUUCGUGUACUUCGCAUGUUUCGCAUAACUCGCAUCCUUAGGCUCACAAGGGUUGGCAGAGGUAUUCGGAAAAUAGUGGUUGCCUUGAUGAUCUCACUACCUGCCGUAGUUAACAUCUUGGCUCUACUAUCACUCUUCAUGUUUAUCUAUGCCAUCUUUGGUGUGUCAUUCUUCUCCAAUGUUAAGUUAAAUGGAGACCAGACAGAUUUAACCAAUUUUCGCACCAUUAGUAAUGCUACACUAUUGCUGCUGACACUGGUCACAGGAGCUGGCUGGAAUGAUGUGCUGAAUGUUAUCAUGACAGAGGAACCAGACUGCAACUCUACCCAUCGUGUGUUGCCCAAUGGGAGCAUAGCGGCAAGUUACAAUGGGGAUUGUGGCAUGAAGGCCUUAGCCAUUCCUUACAUUAUUUCCUACAUUUUGAUUGUCUACUUGGUCGUUGCCAACAUGUUCAUUGCUGUGAUUCUUGAAAACUAUGAGGAGGCACACAAAGAAGACAAGAUUGGUUUAACAGAGGAUGACUUUGAAGUCUUCUACCAGAUCUGGCAGAUUUAUGACCCAAAAGCUACACAGUUCAUUAACUACUCACAGCUUUCAGACUUUGUUGCUGAUCUGGAACCACCUCUUGGUAUAGAGAAACCUAAUGAGAUUGCUUUAGUAUCCUUCAACCUUCCUAUAAUGCCUGGCGACAAAAUACAUUGCCUAGACAUUUUGCUGGCUCUUGUCAAGAAUGUUAUUACUGAUGUGGAAGACAGUGAGGAAAUGGAAGACCAUUUAGAAAAGAUAAACAUCAAGUUUUCACAGAUGUUCCCAAUUCGUACAACCAUGCAACCUGUCAGCAACACAUUAAUGCGAAAGAAGGAGGACGUGGCAGCUAGAACAUUGCAAACAGCCUGGAGAAACUUCAAAACACAGGAGGCAAUGACGAUGUUGAUGAUGCUGACAGUUCAUAACAGCCAACAUUAUGCAGCCUGCAACAAACGCAUUUUGUCCAAAAGCCUCCAUAGACUCCGUUCCAACUUGGCUGGAGCCCUCAACAUUUAUUUUGACAUCCUUGUCUCGGAUCAUUCAGACGACAAGGAUUAGGUGCUGUUCUGUCUACUCAAGAGUUUAUAACUGGGAUCCAGAAUAUAGAAUAUAGUCGACCUUAUAUAAGACUAUAUUAAAUAAGUAGAUUAGAAAAAAGUGCAUUCAAUCUAAAGAAAGCAGUUUACUCUGUUGGAGUGCAUACCAUUGGUUGGCCAUAGUGUCAUAUGUAGCUGUGAUGAUGGGUCAAAACUUACCUGCACCCUGAAACUCAUUUCUACUUUUUCUUGCAUAACAUAGCAAAGCUGAGUUAAAUUGUUUUUCUAGUAAACUGCUUAAUGCAUGGUUACUACAGACUGCCUGCUGUAGUAUCUUAAGAGUCUUAAGAUAUUGUUAUACAUCAGUUUGCUUUUUAAAGUCAUCAAUAAAGUCCAAAAAGGAGA